UCCUAUCUUACUUACCUAGGCAGGUAAGUACACUGUAUUUAUUUUAAGCCAUUUAUUUUCCCUUUCUAGUUUAAAACUUUUUUUAAUUUAGCAAAUUUGGCAAACUUGUCUAAACGAAUGCCUUCAUAAAAUGCCUCUCCCAACGAAAACAAUUCGACUUAUUGAACAAUUCGAGCUCCAUAAUAUCCUGCUUGUUGAGUGGGAGAAUGCUCUCUUCAGUAGAUUGGGCUAUCCAAUGAUUAUCCUCGGCGAUCUUAUCUUCCUCAUUCCUGAUGAGUAGUUACAUAUAGUUCAGAAUCUUGCUGCUGAUAUUGGCUAUCACGCCGCCGAUCGCGAGAUAUUACCCCCAAAAUAUCCAUGCGAAGAGUCUGACCAAAGCCUUCGAUAUAUCAUUGAAACCCCCGAUAUUUUUUGUUCUAGGAUUGUACUUCUGCCUUUGUCCUGGGCAGGCGUUUCCCCCGAAGACCUCAUUCGCCUUAGUGGCGCUGAAAAUAACUUGCCUUGCUCGGUUUAUACUAUGCCUGUAUCGAUUGCCUGUACUGCUCUCGUGCGUAUAGCAUCUCGUGAGAAACGGGACAGUCACCUGCGGAUGGAAGUAAUUGGUACGCUAACUUCCAUUAUUGGGUACCAUUUCUUUGAUAUGAGCUAUGAAGGGGAUUACCAUGAGAUAUCGCCGGAUGAUCAGGAGCUGUCCGAAAAGGAAGUUUUGGAAAUGAGCAAUGCGGUUAACAGUAUUAAGGAAUGGGAGAUGAAGGAAGGUGAAGAAUGGAUCAGGGACGAGAUAAUAAAGGCUAUGACAGGAGCGGCAUCUUAUGAUGACUUGCCUUGCAAGAACGAUUGAGUUUAGCUAGGCCAUGAUGGCUUGUACCGCUGUGCAUAUUCUCAACAAUGGCCGA